AUGCCACGUCCAAGGGGUGCCGCUACGCGCGCAGCUCCACGUCGCAAUUCGCAGCAAGAUGACACGCCUACACGGACCCAUGGUCGAGGAGCAAAACAAGCCCCAUCAGAAUCAGAUGCGCCCGAGACGGUUGCACCAAGGUUCAGUCCCACCAAGCUGAGUCCAACCAUUACGAGGAAGACGACUCGGUCUGCCUCCAAUAUCUCAGGUAACUCAUUCGAGGCUGCACCCGAAAUCUAUGCUUCGUACGAGCAUCCGUUGUUUAUGGUCUUCGGCCUGUCACCUGAGUUCUUCGAUGGUCUCAAGAAGCACCACGGAAAACUUCCAAAAGAACGCAAAUCUCUUGUUGGAUCUCUAAUGGAACGGUCGCCUAGUCCGGAAGAUGAAUCCGACUCUGAAGAAGAGAGUGCAGAAGAAAGUGAGGUUGAAGUGCCUGUUGCACCUCAGCCAGCGCCAAGAGGCGGCCGUGGACGCGGUGGUCGAGGCUCACGUGGUGGACGCGGCCGAGGCAGUCGCGGCGGCAGGGGUAGUCGAGGAGGGAGGGGCGGAAGAGGAGGAUUCGCGAAAGCGACUACGUCUGCGUCAAAAGCUGCUCGUAAUGCUGCUGCCAUUUUUCCAUUUACAGAAGAUGAUGAUGAUCAACCGUCCAAUCAGAGCACACCAAACGGCAAUGCCAAGCCAACCAUGCGACUACACAACAUCAACUCUACGCAUACUUCCGAGGACGAAAACGAGGAAGCGAUUGAAGAUGACGAAAGUGAGCCUGAGUAUGAUCGCAUAGACGUCAUCCAGAAACCAUCAAGAACGCCACAAGGUUCUGCGCCACCCGGUCAAGACUCGUUCGAAGACGAUAUGCAAACAUCAGUCCUCGCACACGAGUCAAGAUCCGAGCCUACAUCCAGGAAAUCCGGCAAACUUGCUGUUCCCAAAAUUGCACUGCCAGAGUCGGCCUCGCAAACCCCACGAGAGUCUGCGUCGACACCCGCAGAGUCCGCUGUUCCGAAACUGCUGGAUCCCGACGAGGAUGUGCUCUCCGAGUCGGACCUCCCUGAUCCUUUCAUCGAAGAUGCGCCUUCUCCAAUCGAGGCUGAGUGUGAAGAUAGAGCAGACUACCUCCUGCAGAAGCGCUUCAAGCCGAUGGCUGACGUACAAGCUGCCAUUGCCGCCCUAACCAAGUUCCCGGCGGCGCAACGAAGUACCGAGAAUCUAUAUGCACUAACGCAGAAUGCGCAACAAAUUCUCAAAGCCUGGCAGGACGAGUAUCUCAUGUUGGAUGCUAGAACCGCGCCUCACAUGCAUCCGGCAAAGAAAGCCUGCAAUGGCGGCCGUAUCCCUCUAGCUCCGGAGAUCUUUGAGGACAUGAAGGAGGCUGAUCUUUAUGGCUAUACGUACGACCCAAAGAAGCCUCCAGGCUGUCAGGAUCCUUGGGCACAGCGACCAGGCGCAGAGAAGGGAGGCCGAAGAGAGCUGCGGACGCGUCGCACGCGUGACAUGCUAGAAUCAGCAGCUCCUAGCGAAGAUGAAGAUGAAGAAGACAAGGACGGCCGGCCAUCAAAGCGGCAACGAAGAGCCACUCGCAGGUUCGAUGGCACUGAUACCGGCACAGGGGCAAAUACCCCUAAAAAGCACAACGGAUGGGGCGGUGCACGCAAGAAGGGUGUCAGUCGAUUUGCACAGCUAACCUCUGAGACGCCGGAACCAGAAGGGCGAGGCACAAAGCGAGCACGAACAACGGCUAGUAAUUUGCUCCACCAACGCAUCCAAGAGAUGCGAGAAGAGUCGGUUAUCGGCAGCUCUGGAGAUGAGGAGUCCUCAGCGAUGGACGUCGACGAAUAUUCCGAUGCAAACCCCAAGCGUGGACGUCCAGCUGGCAGCAAGAAUGUAGCUCGACGUAGCGACUAUGGAGUGAAGAAAGGUCCACGAAAGAAGACGAGCGAAUCCGGAACCCCGGUUCCUUCAGCAAUUGGCCCGAACGCUCCACCACCCGCACUGAACUCAAUGAGUGAAGGUCAAGGUCAGUUUACCAUUGAUGCCCAGCCUUUCCCGGAGGGCAUACCCUUGAUGGCACCGAACUCUGCUGAGACGGUUUUCCAAGGCACGUCACAGUACAAUGCGCCACCUCAAGAGGUGCCACUUGUCCAUCCAAGCGAGUCCAGUACGCCCGAUGCAUAUAUGCUCACUGCACCACUGAGCCAAUACACGAACAACUAUGUCGACGAGUCGUCCCCAACGUCAGGUUCGAGACGGAAACCGCGCGUCAAAAGUGAGAAGCGAAGCCAGUCGAUGACUAUGUGGUGGGCUGAACGAAAGGCGAAGAAGCGUGAGCAGGAUGAGAAAGAUGGAAAGCCCGUCAAGCCCAAUUCGUCGCGCUCAAAUUCAUCGAGUCGCAGGGGUGCGCGGCAGUCUGGAGGCUCGGCAACUGGCGCGACACCCCAGCCGCAGCCUUCAGAGUCGCAACAAGCGUCUCCAAUUCACCAUUCACAACAUGCUCCUCCACAGCAUAGUCCUCACCAUGCCCCUUCAGAAGCAUACCUACAAUAUACCCAAGGUCCUCCUGGCCCGCCUGGUCAUUACAUGUAUGUCAGCGGGCCACCCCCGCCACCGCACCACAUGAUGCAAUACUCGCCACUCGCGGCUUUACCAACCGGUUCUUUCCCAAGUCCAUACACCCACCAUCCGCCCCAUCAUCAUUCAGGUAUCCCGCUUACUCAACCUCCGAGCUCCGCAGGUGGACAGUUUGGAGCUGGCCCACGUCAGCUUGCUCCCGCACCUAUGGGCAUGCCCACAUACCCUAGCCCGUAUGGUCCCCAAGUUCCAGCGGGUGGAAGGCCAAAGAGCAGUGGUCAGUCUUUGCCAAGGAGUACUGGUGCCGCACAAAAUGGACAGCAGGUGCUGGCACCUGCUCCAUCUCAGCAACAACUACAACAGCCGCAAGGGCAGCAUUUCAGCCCGUACGCACCAGUGAGCAUGGGAGGUGGUGCUAUGGGUCGCGAGAUGCCUUUCAAAGUCAUGAUUCCUGGGCCUGCACCAGAAAGGAGGGGAAGUCGUUAG